UUUUCUUCGUGUGCAGUUGGUGUACACUUACGCUUUUGAUCUCCCUCGAUGGAUCGCCGUCGAUCUCACCGUGGCAGAAGCCGCUCGCCGCGCCGUCGCACCCCCGAGCGCAUCCACAGGCGUCGCAGUCGCAGUCCGAGUCGUAGUAGAAGUCGCAGUGUUGUCGAACGAGCGCCACAGUCUUGGGGAACGAGUAAGGCGUGGGCUACCAGAGACCGACACCGGGAACACUACAUACACAGCCCCAGCGCCAGUCCCCAGCGCCAUCUGUACCAAAGAGAAAGGAACUUCACCAGCAAUGCGCGAAGCUACACCAAUAGGCGCAGCAGAAGCCGUAGCAUCGAUACCAGUCGCAGUCGGGACAGUCGUCGGGACUCGAGAUAUCGACGCAGCUCCAGUCCCCGUCGUAGGGUUUCUCAUACUCGCCAGCGCAGCCCCAGUCUACGACGCCAAAGCCCCAGUCCACCCAGAUACAAGAAAUAUGUCUCGCGUCAACGCAGCAGGAGCCCUUACCGCCGCAGCCCAAGUCCGCAUAGACGGAGUCCGACUCCACCUCGCCGCAGCCCAAGUCCAAGGCGCCAGUACAGUCCGAGUCCUCGUCGACGUAGUCCUAGCCCACGGCAGCGAAGUUUUAGUCCACGUGAACGCAGUGCAAGUCCUCGCUGUCGCAGUACUAGUGUGCGUCGGCGUAGUCCUAGCCCACGCCGUGAUCGGGCAAGUAGAUCGCGGUCGGAUUCCCGUUGGUGCCGAAUAGAAGACGCGGCUUCGCAAUCGGGAUCUCCCCGUGGUCCCAGUAGCAGUCGCACUAACGACACGCGGGCAAUGAACCCGCCAGUAGCCAAGCAGUCACCGAUGUCUUCAGCGAGUACUCCACCUAAGGCAAAAACUGGUCAGUUUAACGAUAGCAAGAACGAUGUGAAGCACGACGUCAAGGAGGCUACCAUGUUGGAAGACAGAAGUGCUGAUGAGCAGCGCUUAUCAGCCACUGGAAAUCAUGAUGGCCGCAGUAAUUCCUAUGGCUACAGUCACCAGCACUUGCACAGCCGUCGUCUUUUCCAUCCCGAUGCGCGCGCUCCUUCGUCCUCCCCAGCACCUCUUGGAUUGUCUACCCCAGCGAAAUCAGUAACAAUCUCGGACCAAGUGACCACUUCAUCUCCACGAGUCGACCCAAGUAGUACGUCGACGCCCACACGACCAGCCGAUGGCAAUGGAAAUCACCACGUUGUUGUGAAUCCAAUCCUGGAGAAGAUGCGGGAGGCGCAGCGCGAAAGCCAUCGCGCGUACCUGAAGAGCAACAGCGACUACAAUCGUGCGGAGAUGAAGUAUGUGUCGAUUGAAGCCGAGCUCCGACUGGCCGAGUUCUGGCUCGAGGUCGUGACGAAGAAUCUGGAGGAUGUGGGCAAGCGCAUCGAAGUGCACGACUGGAACUUCCAGAAGAUCACCAACCAGGAUGGGGCUGACAUAGCGUAAAAGGACAGUAGCAAGGCCAGUUGCUGUUAAUAAUGAUAGCUGUGUUUGUUUUCUUCGUAUACAAUUAAGAGGAGACUCUCCUCGGGGAGUGGCUAGCUUGGAAGAAACAUGCAAGAACACGAAACCAAAAGUUAGGGGAAUUUGCUGCAUCUUGGCCGCCGUGAGUUGUCGUCUUGUCCUUCUACCGAUUCUGCAACACUUCCAGGAUGAGAUCACGGGA